CCGAUUUACGGCAGAAUCCAUGCCAAACUCACGGAGUCUCUGUCGCCCGUGACCUUGACCAUCAAGGACGAGAGCUUCAUGCACGCGGGUCACUCCGGGAAUCCCAGCGGGGAUCCCGACGCGGAGACGCACUUCAAGGUGUACUGCGUGAGCGAGGCGUUCGCGGGCAUGAACAUGGUGGCGAGGCACAGGCUGGUGUACGGGUUGCUGGAUCAGGAGAUCAAGGACGGGGUUCACGCGCUGAGUCUCAAGACGAAGACCCCUUCGGAG